AUGGCACAACGUAGCCCUCUCCCGGACACGGCUCCAAUCUCCGACGUGGUGUUCUUCACGGCCCUGUUCAACAUCGUUUGUAACCAGCAAAACAGGCACGGGAGCUUGGGUGCUCGGAUCUUCUGCGGCUGGUCUUUCGACCCAGAGAACCCCGAGCGAAUGCCUGCCAGGGUGCAACUCUACAACAUGAUUGUGCCCAUCUUCACCGCCAUCUGGAAUAUGGUUGGUCUCUACUGGGUCGGGCGCGCUCGGCGUCACAUGCAUGAGCAUGAUGAGCCGAGCGCAGGGAAAAACAGCACGCUUCCGGCUGUGGACGCGGACGCCAGCGACUUGCCGCGGUGUAAGGAGGUCGCUUCUGGCCUUGUAGCUGCCAUCCACGCCUAUGCUAGCUUCAAUCUCCUCUACUCCUUCUUCAUCCUCAUCGGCGUGGCCGGCUUGUCCCAGAUCCUUUUCUGGCUGGCGAGGCGAGGCCUCAUCCGGAUGAAUGAUGCCGCCCCACCGGGUUCCUUGGAGCGGAAUACGGAGGUCGUGACCUUGGACGAUCCCGCCUUUGUUGAGCAGACGCAGUGCUCGAUCUGCCUGGAGGAUUUCGCGGCGGGUGACGUGCUUGUGAAGACGACCCGCGCUGAGGGAUUUCGAAAACUCUUUGGGGCUGAGUACAGAACGAGGGAAGGGCCUUUUGUGGGUGGUGAGAAGCCCGGCCCAGGAAGCAGUGCGGCCAUGUCUUUCACAAGGAGUGCUAGGGAGCGCCGAUGGAUGAUUCCGGAUGCGCUCUUGGAUGGACUUGAUUCCCGACCAGCGAGCUACUUGUACCAGUACCAAGUACCAAGAUUGGUUGGAGAGAUCCUUUCCGCAAAGUUUGAGGAUGAUCGCAGUUGCCCCACUUGCCGCCCCGAAGACGAGCUCGAUGCAAGAGUCCAGCCGCUCUUGCCGCCGUCGCCUAGUGCGGACUCUUGCGACCCGAGCUUGCAAGCUCGGUUCAGCGCCUGCCGUCCGGCUGCCUGCUGA